AUGGUGUGGUGGAUUGAUAAAUAUACGCCAAGCCCAAACGUUUGUAGAUCAGGGAGACUGUGCUUCUACCAAUCGCAAGAUCCGAACGAAGAAGACAGAGUAUUCCCAUCUACGAGCAUAAUGUUUAAUUUUAAUAGGCGCAAAUAUAACUCUCACGACCUACAUUCUCUUAUUAAGUCCGGCGUGAACAUUUUCAACAUAGACCGGACUGAACAUGACGAUCAUUUUUACAAAGAGACUAUAUCAGCGCUGAGAAAGUCGCAGAAGAUUCCAGAAAUGUUUCCUUCGAAAUUCUAUAUGCCUAUAAGUGUAGCUGUGACGAUGUCUAUAAAUGAACCUAUUUUUAUUGAUGCGUUUUUUUCAGAUGGUGUCAUAUUGGAUCAUCAGCGAGAAAAUCUUUACAGCGAAGAAUACUGUGAUUGUGCUUUGCGGUUUUGUAAAAAAUUAUAUAAACCAGUAUUUUAUAUGAAACCGAACAUUCUCGAAGACUAUUACAACUUAGUAGAUAGAGAUAGACGAGUUAUUAAAAUUGUGGCAGACAUAGUUGAUAACCACGUGGAUGGUAUCGCAAUAAGAGAUAGUGUUGAUGUGGAAAUGCCACCAAGAGAUGUUGUCAGGUCUAUCAUUCGAAUACCUGCGUUACCAAGUAUAUCCACCGCGUUAGCUGCAUCACUUGCUGCUUUAAAAUGCGACGCGGGAGCAAUAAUUGUGUUUACAAAAAGCGGUAUUUCGGCAAGAUGGUGUGCCUAUUCUGCACCCCCAUGUCCAAUAAUAGCAAUAACAAAGUCAAGUUCAAGACGCUUGCAUUUGUAUAGAAAAGUGAUACCGCUGUUCUACAAUGCACCCCGCAUUGCUUGCUGGCACCAGGAGUGGCGGAAUCGCGUACGUUUUGGCACAACCUUCGCUCUGAAGACGGGUCUCUUCCGUUCCGGAGCCAAAUUGGUGGUUCUCUCGCCGGCGGAAGACGGAAUCGGCUACUGCAACGCUUUCCAAAUUGUCACUGCGCCGAUCAAAUGCGACGAUUCCGGGAUCGGUUCCGAUUUUCUUAUAUAA